CACACAAUCUCUACAAAAAUGGAUCAAGCUCUAAAUUUCAUGCUUCUUCUCAUUGCUCUCUGCUCAUUAUCUGAAUGCAUUCGGCACCAGUAUUACUAUAUAAACAUGAAUAAGAACUGGACUGAAGCUCAGAGUUACUGCAGAGAGAACUACACAGAUCUGGCCACAGUCAACAACAUGAAUGACAUGAAAGAGCUGAUGAACACUGUGAAUAACAAUAAUGUGAACGUCUGGAUUGGACUGAAGAAUACAAGAACACAUAAAUGGAAGUGGUCUCUGGGUGAUCCUGUGAACUAUGGAAAAUGGGAAAAUGGACAACCAAAUAACACAAACGACUGUGCUUUUAUGAAAAAUGGAACAUGGGAUCAUGAGAACUGUAGUAAAUUGUUGAGUUUCAUGUGCUACAAUGAUCGGCUGAUAUUGAUCAAAGAGAAUCGGACUUGGUCUGAAGCUCUGAAAUACUGCAGAAAGAAUCAUAUGGACUUGUUUUCAGUUCAUUCAAACAAGAUUGAGAAAAAUCUGAACACAGUAGUUCAACAGGCUUCUACUGCAGAGGUUUGGCUGGGGUUACGUCACUCAUGCACUGUGGGCAUUUGGUUCUGGGUAAGCGGAGAGAUUGUGUGCUAUGAGAAAUGGGAUGAAGGGAAUGAAACAGCAGUGGAGAACUGUGAAACUGUGAUGAGAUCUGGAGCGGUUCAGUCUGGAGGAGAUCAUCGCUGGAUCAGCCUUCCUGAAACUGAGAGACGCAACUUCAUCUGCAGCAGAUAUGAUUGAGAAGUGUUUGUCAUUUCCUGUGAUCAGACUAAUAUUUUGUUUGUGGUUAAUUGUUUAGUUUUCAUUUCAAAUGUGUCCAUUAGGGGCAUUUAAAAAAAUCUCUAAGACUGACUUCAUUUUUGUGAUCUGCAUCAUUAUGGGAAAUGAGUGUGUUAGAUGCAUUUGAGUCAUUCGAACUCAUUAUAGUAGAUAGUUAUGUUUUGUUUCAUGUGUGAAUAAAAAAUAUUGUAAGGUCAGGAGCUCCAAUCAGAGUUAUAUCACAUUUAUUUAUAUCUUGAAUACAUCAGAAAUGAAAAUGUCAACAUUUACUCAGAUUGCUCCAAAGCUGUAUACAUUUAUGUGUUCUGAUGAACACAAGGGAAGAUAUUUGCAGUUACAAAACAGAUAUCAUCCUUAAUUUUCUGCCAUAGUAGGGAAAAUAAGUUAUUUUGAGUGAAACGCUUAGAGAUAAGACAUAUGUAUUUGUUUAUUGAUGUAGGUUUUUCUAUCCUGUCUUUCAGCACAUUUUGUUUUGUAGUGAUCAUCUUUACAAAUGUCUGGUUGAUAUGAUCGUGUGAUAUACUGAUCUUCAGGGCAUUCAAAUGUGGGGUCCCAUUCAUACCCUGACUCAGAAUGUAAAGAUAAAAAGUCUGUCAAAUACAUCUCUGCCUAACUUUGUUUUUCUUUUUUAUGCAUUUUUGGGGGGUUUG